GGCAGCACCUGGGCCGCGGCUGGCGUCCGCGGGGGUACGCUGUCCGCCCCCCUCGGCGAUGACCACGGCCGGCUCCCCGGGCGCCGUGCCGGCAGGGACUCCUGUGAGCAGCCUCCAUGAGUCCCUGGACCAGUGCAUGACUGCCCUGGACCUCUUCCUCACCAACCAGUUCUCAGAAGCACUCAGCUACCUCCAGCCCAGAACCAAGGAGAGCAUGUACCACUCACUGACGUAUGCCACCAUCCUGGAGAUGCAGGCCAUGAUGACCUUUGACCGCCAGGACAUCCUACUUGCUGGCAACAUGUUGAAGGAGGCCCAGUCGCUCUGUCAGAGGCACCGGAGGAAGUCCACUGUAACAGAUUCCUUCAACAGCCUGUUGCACCGCCCCACUAUGGACCAGUUCACGGAAGUGGAAAUCCACGCUGAGGUCUGCUACGCAGAGUGCCUGCUGCAGAGAGCAGCCCUGACCUUCCUGCAGGACGAGAACAUGGUGAGCUUCAUCAAGGGUGGCAUCAAAGUUCGAAACAGCUACCAGACCUACAAGGAGCUAGACAGCCUCGUGCAGUCCUCACAGUACUGCAAGGGAGAGAACCACAGGCACUUUGAAGGAGGUGUGAAGCUCGGUGUGGGAGCCUUCAACCUGACGCUGUCCAUGCUUCCUACCAGGAUCCUGCGGCUGCUAGAGUUCGUGGGGUUUUCAGGAAACAAGGACUACGGGCUGCUGCAGCUGGAGGAGGGGGCAUCGGGGCACAGCUUCCGCGCCGCGCUCUGUGUCAUGCUGCUGCUGUGCUACCACACCUUCCUCACCUUUGUGCUCGGCACUGGGAACGUCAACAUCUCGGAGGCAGAGAAGCUCUUGAGACCCUACCUGAAGCGAUACCCUAAGGGUGCCAUCUUCCUGUUCUUUGCGGGGCGGAUUGAAGCCAUUAAAGGCAAUGUUGACGCGGCCAUCCGGCGGUUCGAGGAGUGCUGCGAGGCCCAGCAGCACUGGAAGCAGUUCCACCACAUGUGCUACUGGGAGCUGAUGUGGUGCUUCACCUACAAGGGCCAGUGGAAGAUGGCCUACUUCUACGCAGACCUGCUCAGCAAGGAGAACUCCUGGUCCAAGGCCACCUACAUCUACAUGAAGGCUGCCUACCUCAGCAUGUUUGGGAAGGAGGACUACAAGCCGUUCGGGGAUGACGAAGUGGAGUUGUUCAGCAUUUUCUUGCCCUCUCCCCACCCUCCUCAUCUCUUCCACAGAGCUGUGCCGGGCCUGAAACUCAAGAUUGCUGGGAAAUCUCUACCCACAGAGAAGUUUGCCAUCCGGAAGUCCAGACGCUACCUCUCCCCCAAACCUAUCUCAUUGCCCAUCCCUGCUCUGGAAAUGAUGUACAUUUGGAAUGGCUAUGCUGUGAUUGGGAAGCAGCCGGAACUCACAGACGGGAUACUUGAGAUUAUCACCAAGGCUGAAGAGUUGCUGGAAAAGGGCCCAGAGAAUGAGUACUCAGUGGAUGAUGAGUGCUUGGUGAAGCUGCUGAAAGGCCUGUGUCUGAAAUAUCUGGGCCGUGUCCAGGAGGCCGAGGAGAAUUUCAGGAGCAUCUCUGCCAAUGAAAAGAGGAUUAAAUAUGACCACUACUUGAUCCCAAAUGCCCUGCUGGAGCUGGCCCUGCUGUUUAUGGAGCAAGGCAGAAAUGAAGAGGCUGUCAAACUCCUGGAAACUGCCAAGCAAAAUUAUAAGAAUUAUUCUAUGGAAUCAAGGACACAUUUUCGAAUUCAGGCAGCCACACUCCAAGCCAAGUCUUCCCUAGAGAAUGGCAACAGAUCCAUGGUUUCAUCAAUGCCCUUGUAGUUUUGUGCAGCAUUCCCAGGCUGGAAGACAGAGUCAGCUGGACAGAGCUCCUGGAAACAUUUCAAAAAGAUCCCCUCCCCCUGCCCUGCCGUUGGGGUCCACAGGUGCUCCAGUGGGAUGACACGACAUAGGUAUCUGUGCAGAAGCGAAGCUGGCAUUUUCACCAGUGUGGCCAAGGGCCUUUGCCAAGGACAGAGUAGCUGGAGCCCUCUGCC